UUCGCAGGUCCCAGCUUGACGCCGGGCCCAGCUGCCUAGGACUCAACAACUCUAAAACUGGGCCAACAUCCAAUAUGAAAGAGCCCAGUGGUACUAAAGAGAAGGGUCCAUCGUUCGAGAUUACUGUGUCCGAUGUCACUCUGCUGUCAGACUGUGCUUCUUCUGGGAAGUAUCCACCACUUCUUGGUACUGACACUAUCAAAUCUGUAAAGGGACCUUCUUUUUCAGUGAGGCAGAUGUGUGGAGAAGGACAUAGGAAUUCUACAAACCUAUCAGCAGAGUACCACUUGCUGAAGCAAGGAUCAGCCCUUAAACUAGUAGGAAAAGUUGGCCAAACCCCAGUUGAGAGCUCUGAGAUCUUCCCUUCUGAGCUGGCAGGAUUGGAACGCUGUUUUAUUGGGGUUGUAGAUGGAAAAACCUUGCAAAUGCAUCUCCUGGAGACAGCUCAAGUCAUCAUGGCACCUAAGAUUCCUGAAAAGGCAUCACCUGCUACUCCUGCAAAGGAGAAUCAGACACCUGAAGAUAAGUUGAAGGAAAGGAGGGAAAGAUUUCAGAAGAGGACUGGUGAAUUUGGAUCAAAGAAACUGCAGGUUGUGUUGAAGCGAAGCUUACGGCAAGAGGAGGCAGCAGUUGAUCAGCAAGAGAUGGGGCAAAUUGCUGAACAGAUGAAGCCCAUCUGCAUGGAAACAAGGGAGCAAAUGAUAAAUAGCCUCAUGAAACCCUUGCCCCCUUGUAAUAGAGAAGCUUCUGAUGUUGCAGAUGUCUACUCAAGGGCAGAUAUCAUCAGUGAUUCAAUAUGGACAGGAUUGGAUUCAUGUGCCACAAGUUUCUUGGAAGCAUCCAAGGAAGAGCUGGAGGAAUGGAAAGUUCCAGGAAAGAUGUCUGACUUCUUUUGGAACCAUGUGGGUGCAAAUCCAUCAGCAGAAAAACUGAAGUUGCUUCUAUAUAUAGAGAGCAUCAUCUUCUUUGCUUCCAAGCCAUUGAAGAUAAUCAAGUACAAGACGCAUUGGCCUGCCUGGCUCCCCCAAUUUAUUGGGGGAGAAGUCUGCCAAUACUUCUUUGGAGAUGUAACUAUGAGACAGUUGGUGAGGACAGCAGAGAGUAUCAACAAGCUGCUGUGUCAUGCUAUUGUUGUUGCUUUCUUGGCAACAAAUUUCAGAUUUGAAGUGGACACAUUAGUCAAGUCACUUCAAGUCAAAUUUCCAAAGUUUCGCACAGCUUUGCACAUGACAGGCGGUGAACUGAAGAGGGAUCGAGAAAGCUCAAAGAGUUAUGCAAUCCUCAAGAUCCCUCUUUUCUCUUUGGAUGAACUCCAGCGGAUGAGUGGAACUCUUUCCAAAAGAAGAAGGAACUGAGAGAACUGUCAACUCUCAAAACUGGUCUCUGUUAGCAUGUGGUUUUUCACACAUGAGUGCUGAAGUUGUAAUAAAGAAAGGGG